CUUUUCGCGCACCUGUCAAAUCGUUCUUUCUCACUGGACCCUUUGUAGUGUACAGUACACAAGAUUUUCGUUCAAUUUUAAACAAAUUGACCCAAAACAUCAUUCAAAAUGGUUCAAAGAUUAACAUUACGUAGACGCUUGUCGUACAACACACGUUCCAACCGCAGACGUGUUGUCCGAACACCCGGAGGACGUCUCGUCUACUUGUACAUGAAGAAGCAACGUUCGGUUCCUCGUUGCGGUCAAUGCAAGGAAAAGUUGAAGGGUAUCCAACCCACACGUCCCAGCGAACGCCCACGCAUGUGCCGUCGCUUGAAGACCGUGUCCCGCAGCUUCGGUGGCGUCUUGUGCCACAAAUGCUUGAAGGAGAAGAUCGUUCGCGCUUUCCUCAUCGACGAACAAAAGGUCGUCAAGGUCUUGAAGGCACAAGCCAUGGGCACAUUGAAGGCACCCAAGAUCCCAAAAGCCAAGAAAUAAGUCUCUGACCCGCGACAAAAACAACAUCAAGCGAAAAUAAAUGAUCAUACUUGCUAAUUCAAA